AUGACACUGAAGAUGAAGAAGUCAUCGGUAAGUGAUCUCCAACCACUCUCACCACAUCUUAAACCCCAUCCAGACAAUCCAAAAUCUAACACCCACCAAGCCCAACCUCUCCACACAAACACCCCGCUCUACCCCCGUCGCCACCCCUCCUCGAACCAAAAAUUCCGACGCUCACGCAUCACACCGUACCAACGCCAAUCUUUCGACCCCAUUACAAACACACCCAACAUAUCCUCCCAAAAACGCAUCCAAUUCCAAGCCAGCGACGUCCUCCAGCAACUCGAACCUCUACCUCCCGGCCCGUUCGGUCCAGAACAUCAAUUGAUAAUUGCAAGGAAUAUAGCGCUUGUUCAGGGCGUGACGGCUGAUACGGUGGAGGAGAGGCGGGAGGCGGAGAGGAUGAGGAGGAGCAUUGUGGGGGGUGUGAAGAAGGUGGUUAGGUUUAGGGAGCCGGAGUUUGAGGUGGAGAGUGAGAGUAGUGAUGAGAGUGAGAGCGAGGAUGAGAAUGAGAUGUGGACGCCUAGUGGGAGUGAGGAUUCGAGUGGAGGUGCGCCUGGAAGCAAUGGAGGAGGUGACGGACCAGGAAGCAGAAAGCGGCGCCACCCAGAUGGAGAAGACGGCGAUGAAGACAGGCCGAAUGCCAAAAGAGCCCGUUACGCCAACCCUGCCCUCCAAAUCCAACCACCCAUCGACAUAACCAAACUCGCCCCCCUCCCCCUCCGUAUCACCUACCCCCCACACCCCACGACCGACCGCCCCGACUCCUGGUUCAUAACCAACUUCCAGCAACUCUUCCGACAGACCUCAGCCUUCUGUUCCAAGUUUUUCGCCCUACAAGAGAUACCAAUCAGUGACGAGCCCUGGGAUAAAUGCAAGAUGAAGCCGGAGUUUAUCAAGUGGGCGGAGAUCGUGGCGGAGCCGGAGCCGAGACAGGGCAGUUGGGAUGAGUUGUUGAGGGAUAGAGGGUUGAGGAAGUGGUUUGUUAUGGCGGUUGUGGUGAGGGUGUUGAGGGUGAAGGUUUUUGAGGAGUACUUUUUUGGGGGGACGGGGGAGGAGGUUGCGUUGAUGCAUCAGGUUGAUAGGGCGUUUUUGGGGAGGGAGGGCUUCCAACGCGAACAACUCCGCGCCUCCCAAGCCCGCACAAUCCUCGGCUCCUCCCCAGUCCCUGAACUCUUCUACCCCUCCGUCGCCAAACUCACCGCGCAACUCGCCCUCCUCCUCACCCCCCUAACAACCUACCUAUACUCCCUCUCCCCACCCCCUGGCACCCCCACCCCUGAUAUCUCCUCCCUCUACCAAGCUCUCCACAACCUCGUCUCGCAAGCAGGAUAUCUAGCUAUCUGCGUUAAGCUCACCCCGAGUGUGAUACAGAUGUAUGAUGUUCGCCCAGGCGAUAUCUGGCAGCCGGAUGAUAUGCAUUGUCUUGAUGAGGCGGCGGCGUUUGCGGCGAGUAAGGAAUUGGUGAUGGGGGAUUGGAGACAAGUGAGACAUGGGGUGAGGGUGGCGAGGGAUGAGGCGGAGGCGUAUAUGAGGGGUUUGGCGCCAGAGGGGACGAAUACUUACAGAAAUGGGUCGGAAGAUAAUAAUGAGGAUGACGAGCAAGAUGAGGAUGACAGAGAGGCAGAGGUAGAGGUAGUAGGAGGAGGAACCCGCCAAUACCGCCACGCCAAAGCGAAUUUCGACAAACUAGACGCCCUCCUAACUGAUAAACUCCAAAACCCACCAACGCGCACGCAUCGUGCCCUGAUCAAACUCUCCGUCUGGCCAGUCAUCCGCCGAUACACGCCCGGCUCGCUCGAAGAAGACUCCCAGCCGAAUAAACCGCUGCAUGAGAAAGAUGGGUUUCGGAUCUUCCUUGUUGCGAAGGCGGGUGUGGUUGCGUAUUUUGGGAGGGAGGAUAGGAGGGGGGAGGGGGAUGGAUAUGUGGGGUUGGGGGAGUGGAUUGGGAUUAAGAGGAGGCAGAGGGAGGGGAGAUUGGGAUGGGGAGGGGUGGUCAUAAAGGGGGCGAGGAAUGCGGUGAGGGCGUCGACGGUUGUGGUUGCGGUUGUGGCGACGGGGUGGGUGGGGAGCGUGGUGGAUAGGGUUGUUGGGGCGGGAAUUGGGGAUGGGGUUGAGGGGUGGGUGAAGGGUGCGGUGGAUAGGGUGGUGCAGAAUGUGGUGGGGUUGAUGGUUUGAGGUUGGAGAAGAAGUGAGGAUUUGGGGUGUUCUGGUGUUGUUGUUUUUGUUGUGAUAAAAAGGGGUAUCUCGCUUGAGAAAGCCAUGGUUGCGGCUCGGUUCGGACAAUCUGCAUCUUGGGUGGUGUUAGGGUGCGCGCAUGUGGACACGGAUGAUGGAUGUGGAACCCUUGAUUUUGGA